CUGGACACAGGAACAGACAGCAGCUGGUGGUGCGGUCAGGAUGGAAACUGGCUACACUGCUCUGCAGAUCUUCUUCUUUGUGGCCCAUGGGAUCACUUGUGUCCUCGGCACAGUGGGAAAUGGGCUUGUGAUCUGGGUGGCUGGAUUCCGCAUGGCAUGCACAGUCACCACCUUGUGUUACCUGAACCUGGCCAUCGCCGACUUCCUCUUCAGCGCCACUCUGCCAUUCUUCAUGGUUGUGAAUUCUAUGGAGGGACGAUGGCCUUAUGGCUUGUUCCUAUGCAAGUUAUUGAGCAUUGUGAUAGACACAAACCUGUUUGCCAGUGUCUUCCUCAUUGCUUUCAUUGCUCUGGACCGCUGUAUUUGUGUCUUGCAUCCGGUCUGGGCCCAGAACCACCGCACUCUAAGUCUGGCUAAAAAAGUGAUCAUUGUACCCUGGAUUCUUGCUCUACUCCUCAACUUGCCAGUUCUCAUCUUCUUUACUACAGUCAAGGAUGAUAACGGGGAUAUAUUCUGUGAAUUCAACAUGGACUUCUGUGGUGACAUCAGUGAAGAAGAGAAGUUGCAGAGGUUGUCUACCUCAGCAACAAUCAUGGUGAUUACCCGGUUUGUCAUUGGCUUCACUCUACCGAUGUCCAUCAUCGCCAUCUGCUAUGGGCUCAUUGCAGCCAAAAUGCGAAACAAGGGCAUGAUAAAGUCCCAUCGUCCCUUACGAGUCCUCACAGUUGUCGGAGCCUCGUUUUUCAUUUGCUGGUUCCCCUUCCAACUGUGUCUUCUUCUGCAUACACUGUAUGCCAGAGCAGUAGUUGAAGGUAGUUUUGACAUUAUUCCUCUCCUGGAAUCUCUAACAAGCACCUUGGCCUUUUUCAACAGCUGCCUCAACCCAAUGCUCUACGUCUUCCUGGGGAGAGACUUCCGAAAGAGACUGAUCCACUCCCUGCCUGCCUAUCUGCAGAGGGCCCUGACUGAGGACACAGACCCAAUCAGUUACACAACAAACAAAUCUCCUUUGUCUCCUACUGAGGCCGAAUUACAGGAGAUGUGAGGUGACUGGGAUCAUUUAUAAGUUCUGCCUCCUCCUGUCCUGCUCCUUCUUCCAGCUUCAUCUUACCUGAGGUCAUACUGAGUGUUAGGUAAAAUUUCCCUGCCCAAGAGACUGUAUGAAUGUAAUGAGGGUCCCGUUAUUACUCUCAGAGUUUACUAAGGGAACAUACAUACAAGGCUCAGCUUGGGAGGCAGCAAGAUGACAUGGAUGCCCUCCCUGCCACAUGGCAGGUGGACAGUACAGAUGGAUGGAGGUACUGGAGAAUAACCCACCUCACAUACAGAGAAAAUGCCUUAUAUACUUGCCCAAAACACAGUGAGGGGCCGACUAAGGAACCAGCAUGCCAGGGGCUUUGGGAGGGAUUGGGCUGUCUUUGAGGAAAUUUCUGGAAAGCGAUCUCUGCUCUGGCCUGAAUCUGGCCGGAUCUGGCUAGACAGUCUGGCAGCGAUCACAUUAGUGAACAGCCUCUUCUCCACACUGAAUCACUCACCAGGAAAAGUACUUUGGUGACCCCUGAUCUGGGGAAAACAAAUGGGCAUCAGGGUAUAUUGCUUUUAUUUUUGGUUCUACCCCGGGGAAAGAAUACAGGGAUAGGAAGAGGAGGAUGGAUGGGGAAUCUGUAAAGCUUAGAGGAGAGAGUAUAUUAAGGCAAAAACUUUAGUAUUUCAUCAUGAAGUAAGAUGUUUCCAUCUAUUUUUUAAAUCUGAACACGUUUCUUAUUCCUACUUUACUAAUGGUUUGCUUCUUUUUAAAACCAUGAUUAAGUGCUAGGCUGUAUCAAAUGCAUAUUCAGCUAUUAAAUCGAUCAUAUUAUUUUUACCAUUUUUACUUACACCAUCAUAAACUGUAGUGAUGUUUGAUUGUCAAAUUACCUUUGUAUUCAUAGAAUAACCACAGUUGGUCAUGAUAUAUUUUGUAUAUUUCUAAUUAAUCUCACUAGAUGGGCUUGGAAUUUCUGCAUUUAUGAUUCUGUAAAGAUGGGUUUAGUCUUUUACUUUCCUCUUAUGUCUAUGUCAGGUUUUACAUCAAAAGAAAAAGAGCUGGGAAGUGAUUCCUCCAAUACUGUUCUCUGAUGU